UUACAUUAUUUUGAGAAGGAAUGUAGGUAAUGUUUGUUGAUUUUGAGCACAUAAUAAGUUGAUAAGACCUCGUAGGUAUAACGUGUUUCUCGUAGCAGCCAAUUAUUUAAGUUUGCUAAAUUUAAACCAUCAAAAAUAAUGAUGAAAACUUGACCGACUCAACAUGAUCUUUACAAGAAAAGUCUUAGACGAGUCUUUUUGGAUGUUUCUAUCUAAAUAGUAAUAAAGUAAUUACGACAACAAUUUACUUAACUUAUUAAUAACAAACGUAAAUCCAACUUCACCUUGACCUUGCCUUGUUGAAUUUCUGAACUAAUCAUUAUUAAUCAAGUUAUCAUAAAAACGUUGAGUAGGUAGGUACGUUUUAUUUAUGAAUUAAAAAAAUAUAUCAACAAAUACAAAUAACAAAAAAGUCCAGAGAUAUUAAUUAAUGUAAGUGGGGGGAGGGGGUUUAACUGGUUAAAAAUCAUCUGCAAUUAUUAAACUUAUUGUUAGUGACACAUAAACAAAUAAUACUCCUGUUUACAAAAGUAAAGUGCAUGAUGUAAGUAGGCACAUAGGUUAGGUUUGGUGUUUAAAAGAAAGUGUUGUGAAAAUCUAAACAUGAAGAAUUAUUAGAAACCAAAUGAUUCUAAAGAAAUUAUUAUCUCUAACGAUGGACAGUUUGCAAAGAAUCCUAUAAAUUAUACUAUUAAAUGAACGGGUGUUAUAUAAAUGGAAAAAAGUAUGACAAUAGAUAUAUUACGAGGAAAAACACAAAAUAAAGCCCUUCACUGUUACAUUAUUUUGAGCAUUUGGAUAUUAGUGCUGAUUGCCGGAGUUUACAAGUUCUUAGAACCGCAGCCCAGAGGUUCUAUUCCGACAGUUGUAACAGAAUUGUUUCAGAAUCUAGCAAUAGAUGUACGAACAAAGAAAAUAUUUAAGAUCUGCAAUUUUCCUGAAGAUAUUUAUUUUGGUGAUGAAGGAACCCUUAAUUCAAAGCAGUGGAACUUGAGAGGGUUAAUUAUACUUACUAGACAUGGUGAUAGGGGACCCUUACAGCAUGUUAGGAACAUAACAUAUAUUAAUUGUGGCAAGAAGACUAAUACUGAGUUAUUAAAAGGAUAUCAGGAGUACAUGAAAAAUUUAUCUUCCAUAAGCAGAGUGUCCUGGAUAGGCCCAGGCCCAUUUCAUGGAUUUCCCUUGUUACCAACUCAUUACAGGCAAUGUCAGCUGGGUCAGUUGUCAAUGCAAGGUGUAGCACAGCUUUUGAAAGUAGGUCAAAUAUUGAGGCAGAGCUAUCUGAGCAUUUGGCCCAAACUAACAAAUCUAACUCCUGCAGAGGUGUUGGUUUAUAGCACACGAUACAGAAGAACCUUUCAGUCUGCACUUGCACUGCUUUAUGGUCUCAUAUCAACAGAAACACUAAAUAAAGUCAAUAUUUUCGAAAGUCAUUCCAUAAGCUUCUGUUUUAGAGAAUGUGGCUGCCCAAUGGCAGAUAAAUACUUUAGAAAAGUCAAAAAUUAUUUGAAUCAGCAGUUAAUUUCUCACCCAGCGGUUUCUGUAUUAACAGACACUACAAGUCAGCUCAUAUUUCCUCCAGGUAUUGAAAGGGGUCCUUUAAAACGAAAUCCAUUUGCUGUGAAAGACGCUUUAUUAACAUAUAUAUGCCACGGAAGUGGUUUGCCCUGUGAUAAUUCAGCAGCCUGUGUAAAAAGACACAAUGUUGCUGGAAUUUUUUCUUACACAGAGUGGGUUAUUCAUCAAAAAUGGGGUUACUCAGACUGGAAACGUUUUUGUCUUUUAAAAGCUUAUGGAUUGAUACGAAACAUCGUUUCACAUAUGUUGCACAUGGUUUCAAAUACGGGUCCAUACUUGGUCCUUUACUCCGGCCACGAUCACACUUUAGAAGAACUAUCAACAGCCCUCGGACUUAAAAGUGAUCCCCUUCUCUUGCGAUAUGGUGCCAGGAUUAUAUUCGAAGUUUAUCACGAUAAUCGGGAACCUCAGAGUGUGCUGAAAGACGUCUACUUCAGGGUCCUGGCCAACGGUAAAGACGUGACCAGUCAGGUAGAUUUUUGUAAAAAUAUCGUUAACGUAGAAAAACGGUCGUCCUUGUGUAAAAUUGAAGAUAUUGUACGAUACAUACAUGAGGACUACUUUUCGAGCUUUAACGCAACUAAUUAUAAAGAUGCGUGUGUUGCGAAACACUUUUAACAGUCCCCAUAUCAGCAACCCCUAUUUUAAACGUCGCAGUUUCCUAAUUAAUUUGUAUCAGCUUUCAAAAACAGUUAAAAGGAAUAAAUAUAAUAGAGUAGACAAUCACAUUUUAUGAACAAAUGAUAAGGAUGUAGUAAUACUUAAAACUUUUUGUGUACUUUGCGGGAAUUUUCCACGUUUUUUAUAUUUUUUUUACGUACGUUAGUGUUGUGAUUUUUAAAUCAUAUUCCUUUCUUAUCAGUAUUUUUAUUUAAGACUUAAGACAUUCACAAAUUAAGUAAAUAAUACAAAUUUGACUUUCAAUAGCUGUGAUUUAUAUAAAUUUAAUUUUAUUGCAAUAGACGAAAAUGAAGAACAGAAUUAGAAACUUUUGAAUGCUUUUUAAUUUUUUUUUUGGGUCUCAACUAAUAAAGCAUAAAACUAAUCAGUGAUGUUAUUACUAAUAAAUGUCAAGUUUUAAAGGCUUUAUGUUAUAGACUGCUGUAUUACUGUGACUUAGGUAGCUUUUGUUAACUUUUUGCUAUUGUCUGUUAAAUUAUGUAAUAUCAGUUAGUCCAAAGUUUAUUAAAGCUUCUCAAGUUUA